CCUUUCAUUUAUUUUAACUUAACUUUAAUAUCAUCAACAUUAAUUAAACAUGGUUUUUUAUUUCAAAAGUAAUGUUGUGGAUCCACCAGCUCUUCUAUAUAUGGGCAGAGAUAAACAUGAGAAUGAAGACUUGAUAAAAUGGGGAUUUCCCGAAGAUGUUUGGUUCCAUGUCCACAAUUAUUCUUCAGCCCAUGUGUAUCUUCGUCUGGAAAAGGGCCAAACAAUCGACACUAUCCCAGCAGAUGUUAUAACAGAUGCCGUACAGCUGGUUAAGGCCAAUAGUAUUCAAGGCAACAAAUUAAAUAAUAUUGAUGUUGUCUACACAAUGUGGGAGAAUCUUAAAAAGACUCCCGACAUGGAGGCUGGCCAGGUUGCCUACCACAAUGAGAAGGCUGUGAAAAUGGUUCGCGUGGAACGUAAAAGAAACGAAAUUAUAAAUCGACUGAAUCGCACGAAAACCGAGGAAUACCCUGACCUGCGAGUGGAACGUGAAAAACGUGAUGCCUUGGAGCGACAGCAGCAAAAAGCUAAAGCUAAAGCACAAAAAGAAUUGGAAAAGGAAAUGGAAAAGAAGCGCCAAGAAGAGUCUGAACUUCGUAGCUAUACAACUCUAUUAAAAUCAGAAAAUAUGAAAACCAAUCACGACGAUGGCAAUGAUUCCGAUGACUUCUGGUGAAUUUCUCAUACUUUGUACAUACUAUGAACUUCUGUGUUUGUUUUUUGCUAUAAAAAUAAAAGCCAGUUUUUGAUUACUUGA